AUGGCAGAUCUUCGUGCCGUUUCCUCUUUCGAGGACGAAGCAAAUCAGCCACCAGGCACAUUCAAGCUCAUUCGAGACAAUGAAACCGACGAGCAUGGUCAGCCAAUCGUCUUUCUUGAUCCAGCUCCAUCUUCUGAUCCCAAUGAGCCUUUGGUGAGUGAAAACUUCAGGUUCAAGCCCACAAACCUUGGAAGUAUACUUAUUGAUGCCACGGCACAGAAUUGGAGUACAGCUCGAAAAUCUGUCAACUUCACAAUUGUUUUGGCUAUGACCAUACUCAUUUUUACCGCACUGACCGUACAAGCCAUAUUUUGGCAACAGAUGACCAUCGAUUUGGAGGUCAGCUACACGAAAUUGAACCGAGCAAUGUCUGUCAACUUUGUGGGGUUAGCCACAGGCUGUAUCUUCUUUAUUCCAUUUGCGAAAAAGUACGGCCGACGACCAGUUUACAUCAUUUCCACGGCACUCAUGCUCGCAACAACCUUCUGGACCGCAAGGAUGCACAGCUUGACAGAGCUGUACAUUACCAAUCUAUUGCAAGGAUUAGCAGGUGCAACUAACGAAUCGAUUGCUGAGAUAACAAUAGCGGACCUUUUCUUCGUGCACCACCGAGGGACCAUGAAUGGGUUAUACAUGAGUUGUGUCAUGAUUGGGAGCUUUUUGACCCCCAUGGCAGCUGGCGCUCAGGCUACACGACAGGGCUGGCGCUCCUCCUAUCAGACAAUGGGAAUUUUCACAGUCAUUCUCUUCUUAUGCUUUGUCUUCCUGUACGAGGAGACCAAGUACGUCCCUUUGUUGACAGGCCAUAUUGGUGACGUCGAGGAAGAUACAAAUACCCACGACUUGGGAGAUAAUCAGAGCAAAGAUACACCUUUACAAAGAGCUCGUUCGCCUCCACUCAAAGACCCAACAGUGACCGAGCAAACACGUUCUCAUCACGUCUUGGACCCUACUAUUCCCAGAAACCCAUGGCGCAAGAGACUUGCCUUGACAACCCCAACACCUGAGCCAAUUUGGCCCCAUUUCUACCGCCCAUUCAAUGUUCUUGUCUUUCCUGCCGUGGCAUUUACAUCUCUACAAUAUGCUGCCGGGGUCGCCUGGCUGACAGUGCUAUCUAGUGUUUUGUCUUUGACAUUUCCACAGCCUCCAUAUCUCUUUUCACCGGAACAAAUCGGCUACAUGAGCGCUGGGCCCCUAAUCGGGAACAUCAUUGGUGCUGUGUAUGGUGGGUUCAUUGGCGACAGAUCGAUUUUGUAUUAUGCACGCCGCAACAAUGGCUACUAUGAGCCCGAGAUGAGGCUCUACAUCCUUCAUCUUCCGGCAAUCAUGAUGGCUGGUGGCCUUAUAAUGUUUGGUGCUACCAUCUCCAGAGGAAUGCACUGGAUCUAUCCAAACAUUGCUGGUGCCUUUUUCGGCUUUGGCCUGGGUAGUAUCAGUGAUGCAGCUUUGGUUCUGGUCAUGGAUAGUUACCAGGAUGCCACCGGCGAGGCAUUUACCGCAGUAGCUUUCAUGCGCAAUACAGUGAGCAUUGGGAUUCCUUUUGCAAUUACGCCUUGGAUAGAGCGCCAGGGUCUUCAAAACAUGUUCAUUGUAUGUGGAAUGAUCAGUCUUGGUGUCACGGCAUCUAUCAUCCCUAUGGUACUCUGGGGAAAGCCCGCUCGCCGUGCUUUCGCGGCUCGUUAUCGCAGCUUUGGCAAUCUUCACGGCUAA